CGGCCGGCGUGCGCUGCCGCCCGCCCCUCCCGGCCUCGCUCGGGUCUGCCCUGGCCGGUGCCCCUGCCGCGGAGGCAGCGGCGGCUGUGCGAGCUCGGCCGGCUGUGCCCGGGCGGCCCUCGGGUCCCCGCUCUCCCCUCGCCCUUCCCCGGCCCUCACCCCUCUCCGACCCCACCCGAGCCCGGCGCCUCGGCUGCCUCCGGCCAUGGCGUGCGGAGCCACUCUGAAAAGGACUCUGGAUUUCGACCCGCUGCUCAGCCCGGCGUCCCCGAAGAGGAGGCGAUGUGCGCCAUUAUCGGCGCCCACCUCGGCCGCCGCCUCCCCGUCGUCCGCGGCCGCGGCCACCGCCGCCUCCUUCUCGGCCGCGGCCGCCUCGCCGCAGAAGUAUCUCCGCAUGGAGCCGUCCCCCUUCGGCGACGUCUCCUCCCGCCUCACCACAGAACAAAUCUUGUACAACAUAAAACAAGAGUAUAAACGCAUGCAAAAGAGAAGACAUUUAGAAACAAACUUCCAACAGACAGAUCCGUGUUGUAGUUCUGAUGCACAGUCACAUGCGUUUCUCCUCAGUGGACCAGCUUCACCAGGGACAUCAUCCGCAACAUCCUCACCAUUAAAAAAAGAACAGCCCUUAUUUACCCUACGGCAGGUUGGAAUGAUCUGUGAACGUUUGUUGAAAGAACGUGAAGAGAAAGUGCGAGAAGAGUAUGAAGAAAUAUUGAACACAAAACUUGCAGAACAAUAUGAUGCAUUUGUGAAGUUUACGCAUGAUCAGAUAAUGCGACGAUAUGGAGAACAGCCUGCUAGUUAUGUUUCAUGAAUGAACAUUUUCUGCAUUUGUGGGCUGCCUUCUUGUCGAGUUGUUGCAGGAGGUCCCAAAUAACACAUGCAGCAAUGCCAACAUCCCCUGUGAAUACAGGUUAUUUCAAACUUUUGUCGGUGGCAACCACUCUUAGGCAGCAGCAGUUGGUUUUGAAAUUUCCCUGAUGUCAGUACCACCUGGAUGUGGACCUUUGCUACCUGUAUUACUACCAGUGGCCUCAUUUUGCUGUAUCAUUACAAUUUGGCUUCUUAUGUGUUUGAAAAGGAUUAAAGCUGGUAUUCUAGAACAUGCCCUUUGCUGGUUGUGUAAAUAAAACUGUAGAAUGACACUUCAGAUGAAGUUAGUGUGAUUUUAAUUGUGCACUGCAACCAAGCUGUAACCAGUUAUUAAUAAAUUAGAGUGUAAUCCCAGGACAAUAUUAAGCAAAUAGCCUAUAGUGCUUCCUUUCAAUUAGUGGAGGAAGGGGGCAUUUCUGUGUUCCAGGACUUCUUGGGGUUUCAGAAUGGAUUUAUAUGAUUUUUUUGGGGUAGUUUUAUUUAUUCUAUCGGUCUUUUUAACAAAUGUUUAUUGCUGCAUUCUUCUCACCCCCUUCCCCCCUCCCCCCCAAUCAUUGUUUUACUGCCCUUGUAGUACUGGAAUUUAGUUGAAAGAAUAAAACAUUUACUUCUA